UCUUCGAAUGUCUAAGAGUGAUAUGAAGAGUGGAGAUACAAUCCCCAUUCUCCUCCUCCUCCUCUUCCUCCUCCUCCUCAUCAUCAUCAUCGAACAUAUCUUAAAAGUCUUUUUUUCGGCAACUCUUUUGCAGGGGACUCUGAGAGACCAGGGUACAGAUAUGCUCAGUGACCUUUGCCAGGUCUUCCAUCCGUUAUUCUCCGGCUGAAUCCAGACGUGGCUCGCGAGAGUUAAGAAGUCAUGAUGAUUGUCAACAACUCGCUGGUCUUGGCGACAGCCACGACCCAACAGUCGGACACAGCAGGUGAAAACUCUGGUCGCACCCCAUUUCUACAGAUCACAUCUCCUGCCUUCAACACUUUGAUCAUCAACACGACCCGACAGGUAUUUCAAGCUGCAACACUAUUCGAUGCCAGCGGUUCUGAAGUGGAUGGCCAGGGAGGAGGAGACUUUGGCGUGGAAGGAGUGGUUGGAGGGGAAACAGUGCGCUCGGCAGGAGGUGCCGCAGGGACGGAGAGCGAGCAGCUGGGCUCGUGUCACGACUGGCAGGACGCGCAGCACACCCUGUUCCAGCUGGCCAACCUGUGCAUCGCCGUGUCCCUCCUGACCCCAGCCACCUUCCGCUUCCACCUGCUCUUCUUGCGCUGUCUGCUGCUGGUGGCCUUCGUGCUCUUCGUGCUGUGGAGCGGCCUGUUCAUCUGCAUGAGCGACGUGCUGGGCUGGAACCUGACCUUCUUCCUGCUGGACAUCGGUCACAUCGCGCUGCUGCUGUACCGCCACCUGCCGGCCAGGAUGCCCGUCACCCACAUCAGUCUCUAUCAGAAGGUGUUCCGCCCGCUGCGGAUGUCGCAAUCAGAGUUCAUUCACCUGUGUCGUGAGGGUCGAGUGGAAAGAUUAUCAAAAGGAGGCUUCUAUGCCAUGGAGGGCAUGACACCUUGCGCGCGCCGGCUAGCCAUCUUGUUGAAGGGGAGGUUAAAGGUGACUUACCGCCAUCUGUUUCUGCAUCACAUCGAACCCAACCAGUUCGCGGAUGCCGCUGAGUAUGAUGCAGUGAGAUUACAGCCAGGGAAUUGUGUAACCUAUCAGGUGACAAUAAGUGCCUCGGAUGACAGUCUUCUGCUGAUCUGGGAGUACGCCCGGCUCCAGGAGUACCUGGCCACACAGCCCUUCGUGUGCACCUUGCUGCACUACCUGAUAGGUAAGGACGUGUGCAGCCAGCUGUACGUCAUCCAGGAGCGGCUGCUGCAGGCACCGGACUACAUGUCCACCCUGGCCAGCAGACAUUCGUCUAUGGUCAACCUGCGGUCGUGCCUGGCAGCCAACGACUCGUCCUCAUCGCUGACGAGACUGGCCCUUGACCUGACAGGUCAGUCAGCACGGCAUGCAAAUCAACAGCCGAGCCUGCGGGGGGCACUCAGGCUGUUUCGCCCAUGACAGUGGAGACCAGCGUGUGACAAACCCACUCCCAGCAAACCGGAAGCUGUUUGUGAACAACUUUGGGAUAGAACCGGAAGUGAGCAGGACAAGCCGAAAUCACCAUUCCGUUGGGGACGAAACGUCUGUCCUCUGGCUUCCCAUGGUGCUGAUCUAAACAUUGAAAAUAUGAAAUAUGAAAAAGUGAGCCCGAAGCCGGCCGCGAAGGUGUGAUGCAGUAUUACUCAAGAUGGAGUCCUCAGGAAGGCUCGAGCUGUCGAUUGUGGGCGGGUCUCAGCAGCAUUAAUUAAAACUCUUUGUAAAACUCUCAUAAAAACUCGCCUUUUUCGUCGAAGAUAAACGACUGAUGAUCGACAGCAAAAGUCGAUUCUAACCUGUCUAGUGAGGAUGUUAUUCUUCAUGUUAGAAAAAUACAAUCGCAUUGUGGACUAGGGGAGAAAUUCAUCUUUGAGAAAAGAAACCAGUUCUCAAAAAACAGAGGAAGCUUUGGUAAAUACAAAUCUGUGCUGUCGACAUCUUUUACCGGACAAACUACACUCAGGAUCAGUUUGCUAUUAAAACUAUGUCCCGUGUGGCAAUUGCGUUCAGUGAGUGCUCUGCAUUGAGGAGAACCUUAGAUGUUCAUAGGGGAGGUCGCUAAAUGUGGAGCAAUACUUACAGUCAAUACAUCAUGGAGAGACAUCUUUUCCCGCAAUAUGUCUUGUAUAUUUUGUUGAUGACUGACAGUAGCAGUAGACGCAGCAAUUGCAAAUAGGUGUAGCAGGUCUGUAGGUUCUGUGGCCAGUUGAGGUCUAGUCUGUAAACUUCCAGAAACUAGACAUGAGCUGCUUUCGCUUGAUUAUUUCCAAGGAACUCUUGUGAGGAGAAGGUGGGUCCAGAUUCAAAGAAGUUCAGAAGCAUUACACGGAAUCCAUGUGUCUAGCUGUUGCUGUCUAAGGGUUCAUUGCUAGCUUGCUUGUAUGUUUGUGAUUGUAAGAUAGGUUAGUUUGUAGGAUGAUAUUUUCCUUUGUCCAGUCAAGCGCUGAAUAAAGAUGCUUCGGUCAUCGACGGACCGGAUGUGCGUUUACUCCCUUCAUCUUCACACAACGACGAAUUUCUCAGAACGCAUCUUCGCAAAUGGCAUGGCUGUUGAAAUCGUGGAGAAAAAAAGGGGGAUGAAAGAAGAGAAAUCUCACAGAUACCAAGCAUACAAGAUCAUUCUGCAAAGCUAUAGCUUUUAUUUUCGUAUCUAACGAAAGGAAAGACUAAAUUCAAUAUUUUGUUUGCCUUGACUGAGUUCAGUGUGUAACUAUUUCAAAGCCAAUAAGACUGAAACGACUAAGUCCAUGUAAAAUGUUUUAACAUGAUCAUUUCUCAAUAACUAAGUUAAUCGUGCAGUCGUGCUUUGUUUGUCACGAGAGUUUUCUGUGUAGCUCGUUUUAAUUUCGAAUUUGUCCUAAGUCCAUCUGUAACCUGUUUAUAUAUUCAAUUCUAAGUCGAUGUUUCGCUUGUUCUAUUUUGUAUUAAAGCCACGCUGCUGUCCGGUGUAUUUUCCAUGAAAAAUUGUUUAUUAUGCAUCUUUUGCUUGACGAAAUGCUGCCCAUCGUACUGAAUGUGAAAAUAGUUUAAUAAUUUCUUUUAAUUUGUCACCUUCAUGAUCGUUAUUAUCAUCCUCGAUAUUAUUAUCAUACCUAUCUUUAUCAUCAUUAUCGUCAUUCACCUUUACUGCCACAGUUACAUUGCCGUCAUCUUACCAUCGACUAAGUUAAUUUGCUGAAUUAUUUAUUUACGCUGUGAAAAAAACUUGUAUAGUUUACCUCCCGUGAUUCAUGCUUUAUUAUUUCAUUUUUGUAUUCCUGUUGGUUUUUCAAAAUGGACAAAAAUCUACUUCAGCAUUAUUUUGUCUCAGUUUUGUAACUUUGAUUUGUGUCUAACUUGUUUUUCUGGAGUCUCGCUAAAUAGAAUUGUCCUCAAGAGUGAUACACAGGCAAAGACCAUGACAUCACCUAAGAUUGCAAUAAUAGUUUGGAACUAUGAAAAACAGAGAAAACUGACUUACUUCUCGGUACUUUCUUUUAAAGCUCUGUCUGUCAUUGAAGUCUUUUUCUUCCUUGGUUUUAGUUGGAGUCGUCUCCCUGACUUCGUAAAUGUCUGUUCUUUGAUAUGUAUAUAUAUCAUGCUGCUUUGUAGUAGAUUGUAGUA